CAUUCAAGCCGAGGCACUCGGAGCAUUUAUUAGGGGCUCUCCGCCGCUCGCUCCGCGCCUUGUCUCCGCUCGGGACCUUUAGCUCCAGGCGGCUCCGAUACUUUUAGGAAACAGCUGGAGAAUGCUGCCUCAAGACAUGCUUUCCCUGCUUAUGCUGUUUUGUGUUUUCAGGGCUUCUGCUUCUGCUCUGCACGGAGAUGAUGACUAUGAUCUCAUGUAUGUGAACCUGGAUAAUGAAAUUGAAGGUCCGGUUCUUGGUCCUGAGGAAACGGCUUCGUGCGACUGCCAGCGAGAACACACGGAGUGGGACAAGCUCUUCAUCAUGCUUGAGAACUCGCAGAUGAAGGAGAACAUGAUGCUGCAGGCCAUCGACGAGAUCCUCAAGGUGGAAGUGCAGGCGCUGCAGGCGGAGCUGCGCCGGCUCACGGGCAGCGUGGCCAGCGCGGUCACCGCGGCCGCGGAGAAGGCCACCUCCCUCAGCAAGGUCCUCGAGCACAUCCUGCAGCUGAGCCGCAACGUGUCCAGCAGGCUGGGCCAGCUGGAGAGCGCCUGGCGCCACGGCCCCGAGGAGGACGGAGAUGACUUCGUCCUGAACGCGCUGUGGAAAGAGCUACAGCAGACCAGAGCUGAGCUGAAGGCAUCCCAGAAGUGGGCAGCUCAGCACCUCCUGCCAGCAGGGUGCGAAACAGCAAUUUUAUUCCCAAUGCGUUCCAAAAAGAUAUUUGGGAGUGUUCACCCAACUGCGGCCAUGACACUCCGCUCCUUCACGGCCUGUAUUUGGCUCAAAGCAACUGAGGUUUUGGACAAAACUAUUGUAUUCUCCUACGGAACAAAGAUGAAUCCAUACGAAAUUCAGCUUUAUCUCAGCCGGGGAUCUGCGGUGCUUGCUGUAGGUAGUAACCAGCACAGGCUGACGGCCCAAAACGUGAUUUUUGCUGGGAAGUGGAUCCAUCUUUGUGGCGCCUGGAGCUCAGGAAAUGGAACUGCAACGCUGUGGGUAAACGGGGAGCUCGUGGCCACCACCUCCGAAAUCGCCGACGCUCACACGGUCCCAGACGGAGGAAUUCUGCAGCUCGGCCAGGAAAAGAACGGUUGCUGUGUUGGAGGGGGAUUUGAUGAAGCAUUGGCCUUCUCAGGGAAAUUAACUGGCUUUAAUAUGUGGGACCGAGUCCUGAGCAAUGAAGAAGUAGCCGUGCAGAGUGGAGAAGAUGCUUGCAGCAUCAGGGGCAAUAUCAUCGGGUGGGGAGUCACGGAAGUUUUGCCAUACGGAGGAGCUCAGUAUGUUUCUUAAAAACUGACAAAGUAGAUUCUGAACCAAAAAACAUAGUUAACUCCGAGAAGAAUACCAAUAUGUAUAAGUACACAGAGCCUUAGGAGCCCGAGCCUCAAAUUCCCAAGGAAGAUUAGCAUUGUAAGUUUACCAAAGGAGGUACCGUGGAGAUGGGAUUUGAUCUCUGCCUGCUGUUUUGGCAAAACACUGAAAAACCACAUCAAGGAAUGACAUUGGAAAAGCUGUUCCUGAGGUCAGACAACUGCUGUCUCCCUAGCUUAGUGCUUUCAGAUUUACAGAAGCGAGUGCCACUGUGGCCAGUUGAGAGCAGAGUUUUG